CGAUGACGACACAGUGGGCGUGGCGUACAUACCGAACUACAAGGAAGCAGUGGCUGUGUGGGGCCGGCGCAGCGGUUUAUAGAGGAGUCAACCGUUGGUGAGCGACUCCUGCUGCGAGCGCCGGUCUCCGAAGUAGCUGGGCACCUUCAGCUUUGAUCGCUGCCGCGCUGCUGGUUCUGCUUGCUGCUCGUGUCAUCUACCUUGCUAGUCCAGUGCAAUGGAGAGCGGCGGGAGCGGGUCGGUGUCCGUGCGCGGAACCGGCCGAGAGAAAAAGAAAGGCAAGAAUGCUGACGAGUCUUCGGUAGCUGCAGUAGCAGGAGAGCCUGGUGGAAGCGGCGGCGGCGGUAAACCGCGGAAAUUCAACUUGAAGCGUGUAAUGGCAGAUGAGCUUGAAAGGUUCACCAGUAUGAGGAUAAAGAAGGAGAAGGAAAAACCCAAUACAACAUAUAGGAAUUCAUCUACUUCAUACUCAGAUAUUUCUGGGUCAGGUCAGACAUUGCAGGAUAUCUCUGAUGAAGAUGUGCUGGUUCUCUUUGAGCAGAUGCUGGUGGAUAUGAAUCUAAAUGAGGAAAAGCAGCAGCCUUUAAGGGAGAAAGACAUUAGUAUCAAGAGAGAAAUGGUGUCUCAGUACCUGCAUACUUCCAAAGCUGGCAUGAGUCAAAAGGAGAGCUCGAAGUCUCCUAUUAUGUAUAUUCAGGAACUAAAAUCUGGUCUUAAAGAUGCACAGCUUCUUGGAUGUUUAGAGUCUCUACGUGUGUCACUCAAUAACAAUCCUGUCAGCUGGGUGCAAAAUUUUGGAGCUGAAGGUCUGAAUUGCCUGCUGGACAUAUUGAAAGGUCUUCAUGAUGAGAAGGAUGAGUUUUCUGGGUCAUAUGACUUCAGGAUUGAACAUGAAAUUAUUAGAUGCUUAAAAGCUUUUAUGAACAACAAAUUUGGAAUUAAGACAAUGCUUGAAACAGAUGAUGGGAUUCUACUUUUGGCAAAAGCAGUUGAUCCUAAAGUCCCUACAAUGAUGAUUGACACUAUCAAGCUACUCUCUGCUCUCUGCAUCCUGCCUCAGCCUGUGGAUAUGCAUGAGCAAGUUUUGGGAGCAUUGACUGAACGUGCAGAAAUGGUUGAAGUAGAACGAUUUAAACCCAUUGUGGAUGGCCUGAAAAGUGGAACUUCAGUGGCAUUAAAGGUAGCUUGUUUACAGUUGAUCAAUGCUCUAAUCAUCCCAUCAGAUGAGCUUGACUUCAGAGUGCACAUCCGCAGUGAAUUAAUGCGCUCUGGACUGCAGGAAAUCCUCAAGGAACUGCAUGCUCAAGACAAUGAGGAGCUGAAACUACAGCUGCAGGUGUUUGAAGAAUAUGGUGAAGAGGAUUCUGCAGAACUCAGAGGCCGCUUGGAAGACAUUCGAAUAGAAAUGGAUGAUUUCAACGAAAUCUUCCAGAUUCUCCUGAAUACAGUAAAGGAUUCUAAGGCAGAACAACAUUUCCUCUCAAUUUUGCAACACUUCCUGCUAAUCCGCAAUGACUAUGAGGCCAGGCCUCAAUAUUUUAAACUAAUCGAUGAAUGCAUUUCACAGAUAGUUCUGUUCAGGAAUGGGGCUGACCCAGACUUUAAGCGCAAACACUUUGACUUUAAUGUUGAGGCCUUAAUAGAUAAUUUCAUUGAUCAAACUAAGGUGGCAAAAAGUGAAGCUAAAACCCUGGAAUUGGAGAAGAAGCUGGAAUCUGAGUUGACUGCACGUCAUGAAUUACAAGUUGAAAUGAAGAAGAAGGAAAGUGAUUUUGAGGAAAAAAUUCAAAAUUUACUUCAGGAGAAAGAAACAGUGGCAGCUGAGAAACAGCGUAUUACCUCAGAGAAGCAAAACUUAGAAAUUAAUAGCUCUUUGUUGAAUGAUGAGAUUGCUCUUCUGACCAAAGAACUUGAAGAACUUAAGAAGAAAAUGAAGCAUGUCAUUUCAUCUACGGGUUUCCCAUCACAGCAACCAUUACCUACCGGGACAGAAAGUCACCAAAUCCCUUCAUCCCUUUCUUCACAAACUGUUUCCCCUCCACCUGCUCUACCUGAGAUGUCAGGGCCUCCUCCCCCACCUUUGCCUGGGAUGCUGAGAUUACCACCUCCCCCACCCCCUCCCCUACCUCUACCUGGGAUUCCAGGGUUGCCACUUUCCCCACCACCUCUACCUGGGAUACCGGGGUUGUCCCCUCCCCCACCACUUCUACCCGGUAUGCCAGGAUUGCCCCCUCCUCCACCACCUCUGCCCGGUGUGCCAGGGUUGCCCCCUCCCCCACCACCUCUGCCUGGUAUGCCAGGAUUACCCCCUCCCCCACCACCUCUGCCCGGUAUGCCAGGGUUCCCCCCUCCCCCACCACCUCUGCCCGGUAUGCCAGGGUUGCCCCCUCCCCCACCACCUCUGCCUGGUAUGCCAGGAUUACCCCCUCCCCCACCACCUCUACCUGGGAUGUCAGGGCUGCCCCCUCCACAUCAGUUUGGGAUACCAAUGCCGCCACCACCUCCUACUCUAUCUGGUUUUGGAAUUAUGUCAGCCCCAAUUCUUCCAUUUGGAUUGCCUCCCAAGAAGGUUUACAAACCAGAAGUUCAGCUUAGGAGAACUAACUGGUCCAAGAUUACAGUACAGGAAUUAUCUGAAGGCUGUUUCUGGGUGAAAGCUAAGGAGGAUCGUUAUGAGAGUGAUGAUCUUUUUGCCAAGCUAACACUUCGUUUCUCAACUGCACAGACCAAAUCAAAAAAGCAACCUGAGAGUGGAGAGGAAAAGAACCAACCUAAGAAGAAAGUCAAGGAGCUGAGAGUGCUAGAUUCAAAAAAUGCUCAGAACCUUUCAAUUUUUUUGGGCUCCUUUCGUUUGCCUUAUGAGGAAAUCAAGAAUGCCAUCUUGGAGGUGAAUGAAGCUGUGUUGACUGAAUCCAUGGUGCAGAAUCUGAUUAAGUUAAUGCCUGAACCAGACAAAUUAAAGAUGAUCGCAGGACUAAAAGAAGAAUAUAAUGAACUAGCUGAGUCUGAGCAAUUUGGAAUUGUGAUUAGUUCAGUUUCCCGUCUGCUAUCAAGACUCAAUGCUAUACUCUUCAAGCUACAGUUUAAUGAGCAGGUAGAAAACAUAAAGCCAGAUAUUGUUGCUGUUACAGCAGCCUGUGAGGAACUUCGCAAUAGUGAGAACUUUGGUAGUCUUCUCUCCAUUAUCCUCCUUGUGGGCAACUACAUGAAUUCUGGCUCUAUGAAUGCUGGUGCCUUUGGAUUCAACAUUAGUUUUGUUUGCAAGCUUCGUGACACAAAGUCAACUGAUCAGAAGAUGACCUUACUUCACUUCUUGGCAGAAACAUGUGAACUGCAAUAUCCAAAUAUCCUGAAUUUUCCUGAUGAACUCAUCCAUGUGGAGAAAGCUUGUCAAGUUUCUGCUGAAAUUUUGCGGAAAAAUCUGGAUCAGAUGAACAAACAGAUUUCAGAUCUACAGCAUGAUGUUAACAAUUUUCCCAGUAGAACAGAAGAGAAGGACAAAUUUGUGGAGAAAAUGACCAGCUUUGUUAAGGAAGCCCAAGAACAGUAUGAGAAGUUACGAAUGAUGCAUGCAAAUAUGGAAAAUCUUUAUAUGGAAUUAGGACAAUACUUCCUCUUUGACACCAAUAAGAUAUCUAUUGAGGAGUUCUUCACAAAUCUGCGCAAUUUCAAAAAUAUGUUUGUGCAAGCUGUGAAGGAGAAUCAGAAAAGGCGUGAGAUGGAGGAGAAGAUGCGCAGAGCUAAAUUAGCAAAAGAAAAAGCAGAGAAAGAACGUCAGGAAAAGCAAAAGAAGAGAGAACAACUGAUUGAUAUGAAUGCAGAAGGAGAUGAGACAGGAGUUAUGGACAGCCUACUAGAAGCCUUACAGUCAGGUGCAGCCUUCCGUAGAAAAAGAGGACCACGCCAAGGAAACAAAAAUGUUGGCUGUGCAGUCACAUCAUUACUUGCUUCAGAGUUGAUCAAGGAAGAUGCUCUUGGUGCAAAAAAACCACGCAGAGGACUUAAAAAGGAUGAUGAUGUAGAGGUCACUGAAGAAACUCUUGAUGAAACCACUAUGGGGGCAAGCAGUCGUCAAAACUAGAGCUGGGUGACACCUAGGACCAAUGUCUUUGGCAUGAAACCUGUUUUACAAAGGAGUUGAAACAACACUAAGUCACUUUGCAGUUUUCCCUUUCACACUUAUAUACAUGGGAUAAAGAGGCAAAUAAUUUAAUCACUUCAGCCUGUGUCAUUCUAGAGCUGUUUUGCAAGAUCUUUAAAUUUGUGAUCAUAUUCUUUGAAUCUUAAAUUUGCUUUCUUCCUUCUUGUCUCAGUAUCAGAAAUGCAAAGGUUUUUGCUGAUUUAGUAACAUGCUUGGAACAAAUGUGAGAGUUUAUGCCUGUAGUUACCUACUUCCCUGCAGGCAGGAUUGGGAACACAUUCCCAAGAAGAAAAAUAUGGCACAGAAGAGAGGCUAAAGAUCAGAACCUAAUCUGCCCAUGUAUCUCACUGUAUUGAUGUUGCCAAAGCAGGAAUGCAGCAAGCUGCCUUAAUUAUGACUUUUUAAAUGUUUUGAUUGGGCAUCUGCAUCCCAAGAUUUUUUUUCUCAAAAGCCUUUUCUUCAUUAGUGAUAAUAGAAUGAACUGAUCCAUUCAAAUAUAGGAGGGAGGAUUGUUGGAUAUCUUAGCUAGAUUUGUCUUUUUCCCUUGCACUGUGCAUUUUCUUUUCUCACUUGCUUAUCAUAUACUGGGAAAGAAAGUGACUCAGAGAUCAUUUUAUCACUGUGGUGACAGGGUUCUCUGCAAGCGUUGUGAAGAAUUUUUUCUUUGAAUUGAAAUACUUUUACUGUUCUGCUCAGCUGCUCUUCCCCUUUUUAACACAAACUUACUAGUGAAAUGGUAAUAUCAAUGACCUAUUGAGAAAGAAAGUAUGGAUAGUUUGCUGUUGCUGCACUUGCAUGCUUUUGAAGUAAGAUUAAUAAAGUGAUUUACUCAGUCUCA